AUGGCUAAAAGCAAAAAUCAUACUAAUCAUAAUCAGAAUCGAAAGGAUCAUCGUAAUGGAAUUAAGCGACCACAAUCGCAACGAUUUCCAUCAUUAACUGGAGUUGAUCCAAAAUAUGUUCGUAAUUUAAAAUUUACUAAACAUCACAAUCGUGUUGCACGUAAAAAUUUACUUAAAACACGAAAAGCAAAAUUGGCCAGUGGUGAAGUUUCAUCAGAUAAAGGUGUUAAACGACCUGCUCGUCAAAUUGAACCAACAAAAGCCUCAUGGUCACUUUCAUCAUUAUUACAAAAUAUAUCAUCAUAUUUUACUGGUGAAACAACAAAACCUGUAUCACGAAAACGUGCAAAACGGGUACAUCCAAAAAAGAAAUCAACUAAAUCGGCAACAACAACAACAACAACAGCUGCUAAAAAAUAA